AUGUCUAUACCGGUAGUUCUCCCCGGAUCGUGUUACCCUGUAACUAGGGUUUCUUUGGGUUCUCAGUUGGCAGACUCGUCGUUCAGGAGCCGGCCGCCCCGUUGUAUAUCUAGCUCUCGCAUGCCUGGUUCUCAGUCGCAGCUGCUACCAGCGCUUCUCCCCGGCGGCCCACUGCUCUCCCUCGGAUUACUGCAGCUGGUUCUCGGCUGCUCCAUGGUCGCGCUCUCCUUCUCAGCUCUCUCCCUCAGCAGCUCGCCACCCAUCCAAAACUCAUGCCCUUUCUGGGUCGGAUCUUCAGUGAUCCUGUCAGGGAUCGUUGGCCUCACAACAUGGAGGAGACCCAUGCUGCUGCUGGUGAAUAUGUUUGUGCUGUCGUCAGUGGUGUGUGUUCUUCUCAACCUGGCCGGCUUCAUCCUCUGCUGUCAAGGAGCUCAGAUGGUCUCCACCAUAACCAACUGUCAACUGAGUGAGGUGGGAGAUGUGUGUAACUGCUGUCCUCAAACCCCCACUGCCAAGUGUCCUGAGGACAAACUACUCAAACUCUACCCUGGACACUCCUGUAGUACCAUGAGGGUCCUGCUCAAGAAGGUUCUGUUUGCGCUAUGUGCUCUGAAUGCUCUGACCACUGCAGUGUGUCUGGUGGCUGCUGCCCUCCGAUACCUACAGGUCUUCACCACCAGAAGACCAUGUAUGGAUGAUCCCAGGCCAAUUGCAGAGGAGGUGGAGGAGCCAACUAUUAUCCCUGACCCGGAUGAGUUUGUCCCCCCUGCCCCUCCCCCCUACUUUUCAACCUUCUACUCCUACACACCACGGCUGGCUCGCAGGAUGUUUGGGGACAGUGGGACACCACUACCUCAUAUCUAUGGUGCCAGGAUUAAAGGAGUAGAGGUGUUCAGUCCUUUAGACCCACCCCCUCCCUACGAAGCUGUUACUGGAGGCUCCGCCCUGGCCACCGCAACACAGGAGACAGAGAUUCAGAUUCCCGUGACGGAUCUGACAGAGUUGACAGAAGAGUUGAAUAUCAGCUCAGAGGCGGGUACUUCAAUUAGAGACGUUGCUCCCCAGACGACGGUUAUGGCGGUGCCCACGUCUCCGCCGUCUUACUCCUCUCCCCCAUCACCCCCCCUGCUCCAGGCCAGACCCCCCCAGGGUGCCCCGGUGCCCCCCGUCAGGAGGUCUCAGCGCCAGAGAAUCAUGCGCUCCUACAGUGACCCUGUACUAUUGGACCUGGCUGCCAAAGUAUUAAGUUGUGAGGCGGCCACGCAGACCACCCAGACAUCCCAGUCCGCACUGGCCGCCCAGUCCUCUCGGACCCAGACAGUGACCCUCCGGCAGGGAGGUAGAGGCCCUCUGCGGCCCCGGCCCUCCUCCAUGGUGGACUACCAGAGCUACAGAUACACCCAGGAGCUGGUCAGUAGGUUCCUGGAGCAGCCAGUCCACUGCAGCCUGACCCCCGAGGUCCAGGAACUGGUGGACAGCAUCCGCAGCGUGCUGCGCUCUGACCAGAAACAAAUGGAGGAGGCUGUACGCUGUGCCAGCUACAUAGAACAGGUGAUCAAAGUAUCAGAGAGAGCAGCUAUCCUCCAGCCCCUCUCCCUCCCCAGGCCCCGCUCCAGACCCAGUGCCCCCCUGUUGAAUGGUUCCUCCCAGACCCUGCCCCAACCCCUCCGGAUGAGACCCUGGCUGCUGCACCUCGGGAGCUGUGGGGACCUCAGCACCUUCACCUGGGUGGAAAAACAGCCGCUAGAGGACAGGCAGGGUGGUGGCUCUGGCUCCAGGUCCUGGUCUAGAGCUGGGUCUAGAGCGGGUUCUAGGGUGGGUUCUAGGUCGACGUCACAGGCGGGGACACACCUGGAUCAUCGCGAGCGCCCCCACAGUCUCAUACGGGUGUUCAGGGAAACUGUGCUCUGAUGGAACUCUGUUAUCCCAUCUCAAAACCUCCCUAGCGAAGAAAUAAUGGUAUGCUCCACUGGGGGAAAACAGCCCAUUGACUCCAAGUGAAGUGCUCCUACUAGUGGUGAUGUUUGGGACUGCCACUGCUAAAGCUAGUGGAGAAAAGUCCCACAGACUGCAAGGAUUAGCCUUUGGGAAGGCUGCAUGGGAGUGUGUGGUUGUGUAUGAGAGUGUCUGUAUGUGUUCUUAUUUUUUAUUUGUGCUGUGCUAAUAUUGUUGAAGUGUUCAGUACAGAUGUUGUUUGCAUCGUGAGAGAAUAUUUCCCAUUAACUAUUCUUUGCUAUACAACCUGUUCUAAAAUGAUUGGCACUGAACAUAUGGCUAGACAGCACCUGCCCCUUUGCCCUCCCACUCGCCAAGUCCCAUUUUAGGUGGCGGUAUACUUGUUUUUUUUUAAUACCGUUUUUGACGUUGUUGUUCUGAACCCACUGCCCGCAGGUCAUCGUUAGGUUCGCCACCCCCACCCCGUCUGUUGAUUGCGCAUGUUGGUCUGCCUUGUGCGGAGCUUGGGCACGCCCGGGUUGUGCCUGUUUCCCAGUCUGCCCUGCCACUUGAUUUUACAUAAUCAUCAGUACUCGGUCUGGUUGGCUGAUACGUGCAGCAGCAACACAGGUAGUCUGUACCUAACCAACAUAUCCACACAUGUCACUAGCCAGCCAUAUACUGGAUCAUGAGUUAGACGAUUGUGCAUAUUCUAUUAUGAAGUUAUUUAAUAAUUUAAGAGCAUUUAUUGAUCACAAUGAGUAAAAAAUAAAUCAAGCUAGCUAACUAGCAGUUUAACAUCAAUCAUCAACAAUGAUCAGCUGUAUCCUCACCCUAUUUUCCCGUAGUCAAUCAUGUAUUUUUCUGAUGAGUGUGUUGUUUGCAGAAAUAAAUAGGCUUAU